GCCAGGCGGCCGGCCCGCCCCCGAGGGCGCCGGGCGCGGCGAGAGGAUGCCGAAGCCGACGCUACUGCUGCGCGGGGGCUGGGAGCGCGAGCGCAGUCCCGGGGACUCAGAGCUGGGCCGCCAGUUCCGGGACUGGUGCCUGCGCACCUACGGCGACUCGGCCAAAACCAAGACGGUGACACGCAGCAAAUACCAGCGGAUCACCGAGGUCCUGCAGGGCGGCGGCGGGACCGGCGCGGGCAGUGGCCCGGCGGCCGGCGAGAAAGGCAAGUUCCAGUUCUGGGUGCGCUCCAAGGGCUUCCGCCUGGGCAGCGGCCGGGAACCCAAGAUGGGCCAAGUGGUGUAUGUGCCGGUCAAGACGGGCUCGGGGGCAGAUGGCCUGUCGGAGCCGGAGGGCAUCUCUCUGAAGCGGGUCGCUGUGGUGGAAGAUUUCUUUGACAUCAUCUACUCGAUGCAUGUGGAGAGCUCAGCGGAGCCAGGCAAAGCCCCCAAGCACGCUGGGCAGAAGAAAACCUACCGAGCGAUUGCGGAGACGUACGCCUUCCUUCCACGAGAGGCUGUGACCCGGUUCCUGAUGAGCUGCACAGAGUGUCAGAAGAGGAUGCACUUUAAUUCCAACGGCCUGGAGCCCAAAGAAAACGAGCCUCCCUCUCCUCUGGUCUCUGGGAUUAUUGAUUACAACAUGCCCCUCACCUCCACAUACCUGAAGCAGAUGAAGUUGCGCGUGAUGAAUUCCCAGGAGCAGGAUGAAACUUCUGUGAGCAGUGAAGAUUUUGAUAUGAACGACUCCACAUGGAUGUCAGCUGACCCACACCUGGCCUCCAGCCUGAGUCCCAGCCAGGACGAGAGGAUGCGGAGCCCACAGAACCUCCACAGCCAAGAGGACGACGACUCCUCCUCUGAGAGUGGCAGCGGCAAUGGCUCCUCCACCUUGAACCCAUCCACUUCGAGCAGCACGCAGGGCGACCCUGCCUUCCCCGAGAUGAAUGGCAACGGCGCUGUGGCCCCCAUGGACUUCACGGCCACAGCCGAGGACCAACCCAUCAACCUGUGUGAUAAGCUCCCGCCAGGCACGUCCCUCGGCACGCCCUCCUACCCCUCGGACAGCUGCGGCACAGAUGGACUGCGGAGCCGUGUCAAGUACGGGGUGAAGACCACCCCUGAGUCGCCCCCCUACAGCUCAGGGAGCUACGACUCCAUCAAGACUGAGGUCAGCGGCUGCCCUGAGGACCUGACUGUGGGCCGGGCUCCCCCAGCAGACGACGACGACGACGACCACGACGACCACGAGGACAAUGACAAGAUGAACGACUCCGAGGGCAUGGACCCCGAGCGCCUCAAGGCCUUCAACAUGUUUGUGCGCCUCUUUGUGGACGAGAACCUGGACCGCAUGGUGCCCAUCUCCAAGCAGCCCAAGGAGAAGAUCCAGGCCAUCAUCGAAUCCUGCAGCCGGCAGUUCCCCGAGUUCCAGGAGCGGGCCCGCAAGCGCAUCCGCACGUACCUCAAGUCCUGCCGGCGCAUGAAGAAGAACGGCAUGGAGAUGACCAGACCCACACCUCCCCACCUGACCUCGGCCAUGGCCGAAAACAUCCUGGCAGCUGCCUGUGAGAGCGAGACGAGGAAAGCAGCCAAAAGGAUGCGCCUGGAGAUCUACCAGUCCUCGCAGGACGAGCCCAUAGCCCUGGACAAGCAGCACUCCCGGGACUCUGCAGCCAUCACCCACUCCACCUACUCACUGCCAGCCUCCUCCUACUCCCAGGACCCCGUGUAUGUCAAUGGCGGCCUCAACUACAGUUACCGCGGUUACGGGGCCUUGGGCAGCAACCUGCAGCCCCCUGCCUCCCUGCAAACAGGAAAUCACAGUAAUGGGCCCACGGACCUCAGCAUGAAAGGCGGGGCCUCCACCACCUCCACCACGCCCACCCCCACGCCCUCCAGCAACAGCACCAGCAGGACCAUGCCCACCGCCCAGCUCAGCCCCACGGAGAUCAGUGCUGUGCGGCAGCUCAUCGCCGGCUACCGAGAGUCUGCCGCCUUCCUGCUGCGCUCGGCGGACGAACUGGAAAACCUCAUUUUACAGCAGAACUGACCGGGUGGCACCUGGAGUGCACUACCCUCGGGAAUGAGGCUGUCCCGCCCGACCCAGCUUCCUGCCUCACCAGUUGGUACAUUUUGUUUUUUGAAAGAGGUGGGAUCUGAGAGCUGUUUCUAGCCACACUCCAAGCACCUGAGACUUUGGGCACAAGGACACUUUUUUUUUGGAAUCUCACCACACAGGUGCUCUGACCUGCUUGGAAGAGGCCGAUGGGGCAGCUUUGGAAGGGCUGGGCUCCCCGACAGGGCGCUGGGGUCGCAGCUCUAGUUAGAUCAUCUUCGUGGACCCUGAUGUUAGAAUCCCACUCCCAGAUAAUUACCUUUCAAGUCUUAGAGGCAGUACCCACGCCAGGCAUGAACGGUUUGCUUUUCUUAACAGCCAGGAGUGAGGAGGACUGGGGAAGGGGCUCCUGCCGCCACACGGGAUUAGACCUAAAGAUCACAUAAGCUACAGUUUGAAGUCGUGUUUUUCUGAGUUUAGGCUGCCCUAACUGAUCACCUUCAGCCGACCUAAUGCUGCGAUAUGCACCUAUGCAACUUAACGUGGCUCUUCUAAGCAGGUGAGAACUUCCUCUUCAAUGCUCUAUAAAAAUUCUUUGUGUUCUAUAUAGUGAGUUUUUCCAGUAAAUGUGGCUCAAUAUUUUAAUUCUUAGACUGUGUCUUCUCUAUGUGAUGCAACUAAAUUCUGUUUUGUUUGUGGAAUGACUAGCACAGGCCAACUCCCUCUCCCCUCACUUAACAAAAGACCAAUGAGCUGUUAAUCGAGCUGUUUCUCCAUGGUAUUACUUGCUAAAUGCACUGAUUUCAUAAGUAUGUGGAAUCCUUUUUCUUUUGAAUCUGUAUAUCAUAUAUAAGACUGAAUCUACUUAAUAAACACUGAAU